CUCCGCAGUCAGCGCCGAGGGCUUCGUGUCUCAUCUCCUCCGCCUCAGCAGCAGCUUCCUCACUUUUUGAUAUCACCAGAGCUGCUCUUCUUCCUCUCUUCUUCUCUAUCACAAACCACAAUGAAGAGCGAGGGCGAUCCGCUCGACGCCAUCCCGGCAUCGCCUUCCCAGAUCUACCGCAACAUGCUCAUCCUCGAAGAAUCCCUCCGCGCCCAACACACCGUCCUCCGCCGCCGUCGGUUCCAGUACGCGUCCUUCUUCGCCCUCCUCCUGCUCUGGACCGCCUACUUCUACUACGGCACCGUCUCCUACCCGUCCGUCUACGCCUACGUCCACGCGCUGCACAAGCUCGCGCUCGCCCUCGGCAUCGUCACCAUCGCGCUCUUCUACAUGUCCGGCCUCUACGCAAAGACAAUCGUCCACCCGCGCAGGUUCGUCGCAAACACAAACAAAGGCCUCCGCCAGUUCAACCUCCGCCUCGUCCUCAUCCCCGCUCAUCCCGCUCGUUCUCCCUCCGCUCUCGCCGCAAGAUUCGUCCGUCUCGCCGUCUACAAGUUCUGGUACCGGCCUCUACCCCCUUCUUCCUCCUCCUCCUCCACCACCUCUUCCUCCUCCUCCUCCUCCUCCUCCUCCGCCCCCUCCACAACAACAGCCCGCCGCCGCCGCUCCUCCUCCUCCGCAUCCACCUCCUCCGGCCCUCCCCCCCAAUCCCACCCCUUCUACCACUACUUUUGCUACCACUACAAGCCCCCCGGCGGCGACCUCGUCAAGCUCGUCAUGCUUCCAAAACCAUUCCCGCCUGAUGUCCGCGAGGGAUGGGAGCUCUAUCGCUCAGAGUAUUGGGCAAAGGAGAACGAUCGAAGGCAGGCGAGAGCUUCUGGUCGUAUUCCUUGUUCUUGUGUUUAUCCUCCUUCUUCCUCUGCUACUGCUUCGUCUUCCUCUUCUGCGUCUAAAAAAUAGUACCGGCGCGCGGUGUCCUGGCUUUCUUCAUGUAUCAUACCUCUACCGGCGUUUCCUUCCUCUUUGUAAAUACACAACUACACUUCUAUAACUUUGAUAAAAUUUAUUUUUGUUUAAAAAAA